GUUCCUCUUUUAUAUAGAACCACCUAUGCAAAUAAGGUCAUAGGUUAAAGUCUUAGUCGAUUGGUGGCGGUUGAAGAAGACGUCAGAAAUUAGUUAUGCCCAAUCAGAACGGAAGAACUCCAAUUUCUCAUUCCCAUUGGUUAAAAUGAAGCCCACUAACCUAACCAAUCACACGUCUUCUUUUUCGCGCCCAAUUAGGCUUAUAAAAGUCACUGCACUUGUAGUUACAUUACUGAAUUUAACUGCGCUGCACUUGUGGAAUACGAAAUGUCUGGACGUGGUAAGCAAGGUGGCAAGGCUCGUGCUAAAGCCAAAACCCGCUCCUCGCGGGCUGGACUCCAGUUCCCCGUAGGCAGGGUACAUCGCUUGCUCCGCAAAGGCAACUAUGCUGAGCGGGUAGGUGCUGGGGCUCCGGUGUACUUGGCGGCAGUGCUGGAGUACCUGACGGCUGAGAUUUUGGAGCUGGCGGGCAAUGCGGCCCGCGACAACAAGAAAACGCGAAUCAUCCCGCGUCAUUUGCAGCUGGCUAUCCGCAACGAUGAAGAACUCAAUAAACUGCUGGGAAAGGUCACCAUUGCUCAGGGUGGUGUCUUACCCAACAUCCAGGCCGUGCUACUACCUAAGAAAACUGAGAGCCACCACAAAGCCAAAUAAAGAGUUUAGGAAAAGUGAAGAAAAACAAAGGCUCUU